CAUGGUGGUGGUGGUGGAGAGAGAGGGGGGGCUGCUUCUUCUUUUUCCCCGUGUUUGUGGUCUGCUGGUUGGGGGAGGGGUUUUACAAACAGCGCAGGCAGCAGGAAGAGACCUGCGUGUUAACGUUUGGGCAUAAAGAAAGACCCCUGCUGUGCCGGAGCUCUCUACCACCACCACCACUGUCACUCACUCCUCUUCUAUAUGACAAUGAGGGUGUCGUUACAAAACAUACACAUACAUUAUGAAUUUAUUUAUUUAUUUUUUUUACACAAAACGAGCGACCCCCACCCCCCUUCAAGAAGAAACCAGGGUUAAAGUUCACAGGAAGCUGGGGGGCUGCCAUUUUUUCGCUGCUUGCUAACGUCUAACGUUAGAUGCUAAAGCGACGGGGAGGGGCGGUUGGUAAGAAUCAACGGCUCUUUUUUUUUAUCCGUUAACGGCACAAAACAAAACAAAAACCCUCCGCCGUUAUUUCUCCGUCUCUCUCUCUGUCUUCGACCGCUGUCGCCAACAACCAUUGUUGUUUUGGAUGAAUUCGGCAUGGAGAAGGUAGCGGAGCCGUCUUGGACUUCUUCGUACACCUACCAGGUGAGCAAGCACAGUGCGGAGAUGCUACACAACCUCAACGUCCAGAGGAAAGAUGGAGGCAGGUUCUGCGAUGUGAUCCUACGCGUCGGCGAGGAGAGCUUCCCCGCUCACAAGGCUGUGCUGGCCGCCUGCAGCGAGUACUUCGAGUCGGUCUUCAGCCGUCAGACGGACGGAGACGGCGACGCCAAGGAGCUGGAGAUGCACACCAUCAGCCCGAAAGUUUUUAAAGACGUUUUGGACUUUGCUUACACCUCCAGGAUUGUGGUGCGGUUGGAGUGUUUCCCGGAGUUGAUGACAGCUGCCAAGUUUCUGCUGAUGCGGUCGGUCAUCGAGAUAUGUCAGGAGGUGAUCAAACAGUCCAACGUACAAAUCCUGGUCCCCACCUCACGCGGAGGAGACGCCAGCCUUUUCCAGGCCACCACCGGGGCCACGGAGCUGGGCUUCCCGGUGGCACAGCACGACCUGGUGAACGGAACGAGCAUGCUGGUGAACGGUCAGGGCUUUGCUAACAAUGCACACAUGCAUGUGGACGGGAGUGAAGACGCCGCCGCCGCCGUGCUACUGGAGGGGGAGACGUCGUCGUCGGUGCCAGUGUUGGAGCCCGUCGAGGGACUGUCCGUGUCCCCGUCUACGGAAAUGUCGGGGAGUGCGUUUCAACACGACGCUGGCUCCCCGGGCUCGAAAAGAAGCAGGGGGAGACCAAAGAAAGCUGGUGGGGUAGUGGAGCCUUUACACUUUAAUCACAACACCCAGAAAGACAACGGGUUGUUUCCGUGCGGGACAUGCGGGAAAGCUUUCACGGAGGCUUCCCGUUUGAAGAACCACGAAGCGCAGCACGGAGCCCAACAACACCACCACCACAACAACAACAACAACAACAACGUCGGUGACAGCCUGUCAUCGGCGGGCGGCGUGUCUCUAAUGUCUCAGCCCGGUUUGGUGGAAAACGGCGUGCAGCUACACGGAGGGCUGACGGUGGAUAACGGCCGCAAACGGGAGAGGACCAGGCGGCAUGUCGGCUGUGACAUUUGCGGGAAAGUUUUCCGCGACGUUUACCACCUGAACCGACACAAGCUCUCCCAUUCCGGGGAGAAGCCGUACGCGUGCCCGGUGUGCGGGCUCCGGUUCAAGCGCAAGGACAGGAUGUCAUACCAUGUGCGGUCCCAUGACGGGUCUGUGGGCAAACCGUAUGUGUGCCAAAGCUGUGGGAAAGGUUUUUCAAGACCAGACCACCUGAAUGGACAUAUCAAACAGGUUCACACUACAGAGAGACCCCACAAGUGCCAGAUUUGUAACGCCUCUUUUGCCACGAGAGAUCGCCUCCGGUCACACCUCGCAUGCCACGAGGACAAAAUCCCCUGCAAAGUCUGUGGCAAGUUUCUGCGGGCUGCCUACAUGACGGACCACCUCAAGAAACACAGUGAAGGAACGCAUAACUACUGUGGCAUUUGCAACAAAGGUUUCUCCACUGCGUCCUACCUUAAGGUGCAUAUAAAGACACACCAUGGCUCUCCACUGCCCCCCUCUGCCACAAUGCACACCUUCCCUGAGCCAAGGGGGGAACUGCAGAUGCACAACGGCAACCCUUACCACAUGGGACGCCAGUGCUCAGUGGAAGACCUGUGCGCCAGUCGCCAGCUGCUUCGCACCUCGUCUGAGGCAGAGGGUCGCUUUCAUGGGCUCUCUGGACACCCAGUUCUUCCCCAGCCUGGCCCUCCAGCCUUGGGCCUGCAGCCUGAGCUGCUCAUGGGGAAGGCAGGUGGGGCUCCAUAUUUCUGGGAGUGUCGCUCUGGCGGGUUGCCUGGCUUCCCCGUCCAUGGGCCUGUUGCAGACGGGCAGGAAAACGCCGGGAAAUGUCCUCACCUGGAAUCAGAAGAAUCGGAUCCUUCAUUUGUGGAGCUGUCCAACGGCGACGAGCUUAAAUCUCCACACAAACCUGAUGGGCCGGAACUGGAGAUGCCCUCUUUAGCCUGCAACGGAGCCUCGGCGGGGACCUUGGGGUCUCCGGAGGCAUCUAAAGCCAAGACGGACCCCGAGAAGAAAUUUAACUGCGGCAUCUGUGGCCAAGCUUUCCGCACCAAGUCCUACCUCAACAAGCACCAGCACAGAGUUCACAAAGCCCAGAAGGCCCAGGGGGUUUCAGGGCCGAGCUUAAAUGAGCUGGCCCCCUCCCUGACCUCUCCCUUCUCCCCUCAACAAAACAUGUCUCUGCUCGAGUCGUUUGGCUUUCAGAUAGUCCAGUCUGCGUUUGCCUCUUCACUGGUGGAUGCCGAGGCGGGUCAAAGUGGAAUGGACUUCGGAGGGAAGUGAUAUAUUUGCUUAAGUUCUUGCAAAGCCUCUCAUUCUUAGGACAAAGCCGGGUUGCCCACAGAAGAUGCUCUGUAUUUGGGAAUAACUUUGCCUCAAGACUACUUUUUCUGUUUGUGACAUUGCUUAAUGUGUAUCUGAUAUUUUUGUCACAGACUGCCAUACAAUUCCUACUUUUUCUACUUUUUCAGAGUAUGAAAAGUGCGUGUACGUUGUUAAAAUUUUCUUUAUAAAGAGACAACAUGAAGGUUUUAUGUCCUUUGCCUGAUGUAGAUCUGUUGAAGUUACGUUUGCUCUCAUUUGUUUUUUCGGCUUGCGUGUCAUUGAGCUUUCUUAGCUGCACAAACGUUUCUUGCCAUGAGGUGAAUUAUUCACUGCUUAUUUACUUUAAAAACAAGUAAUUGCUUAUUGUCUGUGUGAAUUCUGUAUUUAUGUUGUUUUCUCUGCGUCUUUUCAAGAAGGAUCUUGUUUUUCUUAAGGACAGGGAUUUAAAUUGGCCUCAAUUUUUAUAGCAGGUUUUCUUUGAUUCUUUUAAUUAUUCCAAGAAACAUUCCCAACAGGCCCGAGGCAUAUUUCUUGACACAUUUAUUAUAAGUAAUUUUCUUCCACUUCAUAAAGGAAGUAUCCGGUUGCUCGCCGUUGAGUAGCAUUAAUCAAAGACCUUUAAAGAAUUGCUAUUGACAGGAUUAUAGUUAUGAAGCACUUUUACCUGUAAAUUUACACAAAGCUCACCCUGCAAAAAUACAACUAAAACAAAAAUGAAUAAUACAAAUAACGCCGUAGUCCUUUGUGUGUCAUAGCAGGCUUAAAUCUUGCACUAACUUCAUUAGAUUUUACACUCUCCCUGUCAGAAAUCAGCUUACCUUCUUCUUUUUUUCAGUUUUAUCCAUGAAGCAGAUCUACUGGCAGCUCGUUUGUACGUGAAAAGCCCUUUAUCAUUUUUUGAUUUGUAAAAAUUAAUUGCUUACUAAUCUAUGAUGAACUGCAGCAGUAAGCAGAGGAAAGCCAUCAUUAUUUAUUAUGAUCUAUAGUGUGCACAGGAAUACCUGAAUAUUUUCUCGAGAUAAAAAUGUUUUUAACCUGUAGAAUUAGUCUUGAACGAUGCCUUGAGCUUGUUAGAAAUGAUUUUUUGUAACCCCCCUCCUCCCCCCUAAAAUAACAAGGUUUCUUGUUGUAUUAAAUCAGUUGUGUACAUUAAACAGGGACCAAGGUCAGGUAUAUUUUCAGUAUAUAUUUUGAGAAAUGUAGAUUAUAUUUUAUUAACUUAUUCAUGCCCUUGGUUUUGUGUACAGUUUUUUUUUUUUUUUCGUCAAACAAAAAUCUUGUGAUUUGCUCCUUUUUGAUAAUUUUUUUUUUCUCUAAAUUAUGUCAAGCAGAGACGUGUGUGUGUGUGUGAGAUUGUGUGUGUGUGUGUUUGUCACGCCCUGAUCCACCAGCCUCUGGACCAACCAAACAUAAUGCAACUUUUACAGAGUCACACAGUGAAGCUCACUUUAACUCUCCGCUGUCUCUCCUCCUCUUUCUUCUUCUUCUUCUUCUUGUGUUGCUCAGCCACCUCCUAUCAGAUUGGCUUGUGUUGUUUGGUAGAUGACAUGUCUUGUGUUUGCACUAAUGAUCUCUCGGUUAAGGCACAAGCGAUCGAUCUGUUACAGUGAACGUGCGUUUGAAUCCGAAUGGUUUCAAUCCAAGACAUUCCUAUGAGAAGAAACGGGAGCCUCGCGUCCACUUUUCUGCUUCGCUUUGUUUGAUUUGCAAAUUCGCUUCACUUCCACUGUAAUGAAAAAGUUUCUAUGAUGCUGAUGGUUAUCUGUCUUUAAAAAAAAAAAAAAAAA